AUGGUGUCCUUCAUUGCUUCCGCGCUACCCAGCACCAGCGAAAUUCUGCUUUCAUCAGCCGGAAUAGCGAUUCUUGCCAUAGCCGUUACCCUUUACAAGUUCGUCUUCGCGACAAGCGUUUACGAUGGCCUUGGAUUGCCAUUAGCUGGCGAACCGGAGGGUGCCAAGAGCUUCAGCCUCAAGUCUCGCCUCAGAUAUUAUUAUGACUGCGCUGCACUAUACACCGACGCCUAUUACCGUUUUGGCAAAGAAGGGAAAGCCGCCCUAGUCCCGGGUUACGGAGGUCGAGCCGACUUGAUUCUGCCCGAAAGCUCGACUGAAUGGUGCACUGCGCAGCCUGACAGCGCGCUCAGCGUCUCGCAGGCAUUCCUGGAAGCCAACUUGUCUUCAUACAGUCUCGGUCACUCUCGCUACUGGGGCGACCCCUGGCAAUUCCAACUUGUCAAGACUCAGCUGAACAACAUGAUGCAAAGUCUCAUUCCCGCCGUCGACGACGAGCUCGACUACAUCGUCCCCAAGACUCUUGGUAUUAAUACUGAGUGGAAGGAGAUCGACCUCGACGAGACCGUGCGCACCAUCGUCGCAGCUUGCUCUAGUCGCUUCACCGUCGGCCUCCCACUUUGCCGCAACGAGGAUUACCUGCGCCGAACCCUUGCCAUUAUCGACGGCGUCAUGAUCACUGCCAUUGUCGGAAACUGCCUUCCCAAGAUCCUCCUCCCCGUCGUCGCCAGGCUUGCCAGCAUCCACACCUGGCACAACCUCAGCAAAAUUGCCCAGCACAUCACACCCGACUAUCACACUCGCCUCGCAGCCCUUGAGAAAGACCCGGACGACCAGCCUCAGGACCAGCUUCAGGUCAUGUUGCGCUUCGCGCAGAAGAAGCGACCUCAGGAGAUCAACGACAUCAAGGUCAUCGCCACUCGUCUUGCAGCGUCUAAUUUCGUGAGCAUGCAUCAGACCGCAGGCACCUGUGUUCAGAUGCUUCUCAACAUCGUCGACAGCGACAAAGAGUUCGACACCAUCAACAAGCUCCGCGACGAGGCUAAGACUGCGCUUGCAAGUGGCCCUGGCGGCUGGGAGAAGAGCAAGUUCCUCAAGAUGAACGGCCACGAUAGCAUCGCACGCGAGUCUAUGCGCGUGACCUUCCCCUUCGGCAACCGUGGUCUGUUGAGAAAGGUCAUGAAGGACGGUAUCGUCACUGAUACCGGCAUUCCCUUGAAGAAGGGCACCAUUGUUGCUUUCCUCGCGUCCCAAGCCCAACGUGACCCCGCCAAGUUUGAGAACCCAGAAACAUUCGACCCCUGGCGGUUCUCGAACAUGCUAGAGAAGCAGGAACAAGAGAAGAAGGCUGCAGGCAAAGCGACAGAUGGUGACGAUGAUAAGUCUUCCAAGCAGGGCGCUUAUCACACCAAUGCAUUUGUGUCUACGUCUCCUGACUAUUUGCCCUUCGGCCACGGUCGCCAUGCCUGCCCUGGGCGCUUCUUGGUCGAUUUCGAGCUGAAGAUGAUCGUGGCUCACAUCCUGAAGCACUACGAUUUGGAGUUCCCGGCUGAGUAUGAAGGCCGCCGCCCCAUGAACAGACAGGUGGCUGAGCUGCAAGCUCCGCCCAAGAACGUUAAGAUGAGAGUUAGAAGACGUGCCGAGAGCUCUUAA